AUGUCGUUCUCAAGUAUCCCCAUCCUAGAUUUGUCUCUUGCGCGCGACCCCGCCACCAAGCCGCAACUUCUAGCUGAUCUCCGCCAUGCGCUGCUGGAAGUCGGGUUUUUAUAUAUCAAGAACACUGGUGUUCCGCCCGCGUUGAUCGACGAGGUGAUAUCACUGGGGAAAUCAUUCUUCGAGCUCCCCGAGGAGAAGAAACUCGCGAUCGAAAUGAAGAACGCCCCGUCGUUUCUCGGCUACAGCAAACUCGGGAUGGAGAUCACUCGCUUCAAGACCGAUUGGCGCGAACAGAUCGACUUGUCCACGCCGCAUGAGGCACCUGGCCCAAAUGACCCGUUGUACCGUAACCUUUUAGCCCCGAACCAGUGGCCGGACCCAAAAGCUCUCCCGCGAUUCCGCGAGGUGUACGAAGAGUACAUGGCCCGCAUGGGCGAGAUGAGCAUGGAAUUCACGAGUCUGAUCGCCGAAGCGAUCGGUCUGCCCGCCGACGCAUUUGCCCAGUUCUUCGACGAAGCGCAGCAGCAUAAACUCAAGAUCGUCAAGUAUCCGGACCUCGAGGAGCUGGGGGUCGAGGGCGAAGCUCAGGGCGUCGGACCGCACAAGGACAGUAUGCUGAGCAGCUAUCUCCUACAGGCGAGCCACCACCGCGGCUUGCAGGUACAGAACGCGGAGGGCGAAUGGGUGGAUUGUCCGCCGAUGGACGGGACGUUUGUAGUUGCCAUCGGUCAGGGCAUGGAGGCGUUGACGCAAGGCGUGUGUCAGUCCACAACGCACAGAGUGCAGAGCCCGCCCCGAGGAUCCGGCGCUCGAUAUAGCAUCCCUUUCUUCCAGGGUGUGAGUUACGACGCGACGUUCGAGAGCAUGGAUGUGCCCGAGUCGGUGAAGAAGUUGCGCGCCGACAUUCUAGCGAGGCGAGGUGGUCAGCGCCUGGACGACAUCGAGUUCACAUUCAUCAAGGGCAUGUGGAGCAAGCUAGGCGAGGCCACGCUGAUGAACAGGGUCAAAAGUCAUCCUGAUGUCGGCGAGAGAUGGUAUCCUGAUUUACUCAAGAAGAUCCGCGAAGACCAGGCAGAGGAAGCAGCCAAGUUUGCGGCAAAGGAGGCUGCUGCUACUUCUUCCUCGUCAUCCUUACCGACGCAACCACAGUCGAUACAGGCUCACUAA